UAUGAAUGGUAAAGCGAUAUUGCAAUCUAUACACUGCAACAAAGUCCAACCAGGCAUGGUCAUGGGUCACGAGAAAUAGUUUCACCCAUGCAUGGCAUGUGACAUUUUCUGGCUAAGGCAACUGCUAAAUAUCUUUGUUUGAUAACAGUUUGAUUCAGCAGAGAAAGCAGCCAUCUGACUCAUCUAUAACUUUUUCGCCAGAUAAAGAGGAUAUUAUUCGCAUUGUUCAACAUGCCGGGAACAAAGAUAACGGACGAAGAUCGCAAGACAAUAAGCAUGAAAUUCAUCUGCGCAAUUUGUCACCUCCUGUUAGUUAAUCCCAUGCAAACGAACUGUGGUCACUUGAUAUGUCUAUCAUGCCUGGAAGCUUUGCUUGGCGGGAGUUCCACUCCGAGAUGUCCCGAAGAUGGCGAAGAGUUGAGCAGGGAUAAAGUUUUCCCCGAUGCUUUCACUAAGCGUGAGCUCAAAUUGCUUAAAAUUCAUUGUACCAAUUCUGGUUGUACAUGGUUUUCUGCGUACGGAGAGCUGGAGGCACAUUUUCGGGUCUGUGAACAUACUUCGAUAAGUUGUGCCCACCCUCAAUGCAAGACCCAGUUCAAACGUGUGCAUCUUGGAGAACAUUUGAAGAGCGAAUGUGAAUAUCGGAACGUUAAAUGCAAGUAUUGUCAGAAAGACGUGGAAUUUGCCUCGAUACAAAAUCAUAUUCGAACGAGCUGUGAAGGUACUCCCGUAACUUGCAAAUACUGUAAGCAAAAAGUCUUACGAAGAGAUACUGAAGACCACGAACUAUUGAUUUGUGAAGAAAUCCCGGUAGACUGCGUUUUCCAGCCUGUGGGAUGUAAUCAUAGUAAGACGUUAAAGCGAGGAAAGUUAGAGGAACAUAUGAACAAGGGAUUGCCUGAUCAUGUCCGUCUACUAUUGCAACAUGUGCUCGCUGCUGUUUCUCAACUGAAAGACUACGUUCCCCGGCCAGAGUUUACAAGGAUCAUACAGAAAUUACGUGAAGAUCUUCAGCAGGUCUGCUCUGGUGUUGCCGAAAAAUUUUCAAUGGUUGAAGAAAAGUUUAAUGGACUAAAUAGGAGGGUUGAUGGUUUGGAGCAGAGUCCUGGCAGCAACACAAGGGUGGAAAGUGAACUGCAUGGGCUUGUGAAUAAAAUUGGAGAUAUUUCUACUGAAAGCAGCCGUUGUCAUGAAAGCAGCGUGGUGUUGGAAAGAGGAUUCAGAGAGACUGACGCGAAAAUUCAACGCUUUCUUAGUCGGAUGGACCAAGUUGACGAGUGUCUGGCUCUAAACACAGUUAAGAUAACCGACUUAGAAUGCCAAGGAACGGCGCAGGCACAGCAUCCUAUACAUAGUUAUAAUGGUACCCUGUUAUGGAAAAUUGACGGCUUCCAGAGGAAGCGACAGGAUGCUAUUACGGGUAAAAAAACGGCCUUGUAUAGUGAACAUUUCUAUAGCGCUCAAUAUGGGUAUAGAAUGUGCGCUAAGAUUUAUAUGAAUGGUGAUGGAUUCGGAAAAGGAACACAUCUUUCUUUGUUUUUCGUUGUAGUGAAAGGUGAUUACGAUGCAUUACAAGCCUGGCCAUUUAGGAAAAAGAUUACCAUGAUGCUCCUGGAUCAAGGUAGUGGGGAUCACAUGGUCGACGCAUUUCAUUCUGAUCCGACGAGUUCGUCUUUCCAACGACCGAAGUCAGAGAUGAAUAUAGCGUCCGGCUCACCGUUGUUUAUGCCGUUGGAUAAUAUGAGUAAUCGACAAUUUGUGAAAGACGACGUCAUGUUCAUUAAGAUAAUCGUAGACUGAAGUCCAUUUAAUAUUUAAAACUUUUUUUUCAUUUCAUGUAAGAGAAAAUAUUGAAAACCCAAAUCUAUUAAUUCAUUUAGGCUUCUUAGAAUGUCAUAAUCUGUCUCAAUGACAGAGUUGCAAAAAAGCUGCGGGUACGCGGGUGCCACCCGGAGGAAGGUUUGCUUUGAAUGAAGUUUGUGAGGAAGGUUCAAAGUUGAACACUCCAAUUGAUCACAUGCAUGUACCAAAAAACCCAAAUAUUUCGUUAUGCUGGUUACCACUUGACUCAGUGACGUAACGUAAUUUUGAGGAAGGUUUUCAAAACUUGAAAUGCUACCGGAGGAAGGUUGAACUCUUUUUGCAACUCUGCUCAAUGACACACGACGAUGCGGCCUUUGCAGUUGCCUCACAUAAAUAGAUACUUACAAGGGAAUUGAAUCACUAGUACAACUAUAGUAAUAAUAACACACAGUAAUAAAGUAUACCAUAAAUGA